CGCUUUGCGGCUCAUUCAUCACCGAGCUGCGUGAGGAGAAGGAUCGGCGGAGAGGCGAGCAAGGAAGGAAGGAAGGGAGGAAAAGAGGAGGGAGGAGCCGCCUUCGAGUAGGCCCGGGAUGCGUUCUCGGCGUCGUCGCCGCCGCCGUGGGAGCGGGUCGUGAGGAGAAGAAGGAGAAGAAGGAGAAGCAGAAGCCGAGCCAGGGAGGGAGAUGCCUUCUCCCGGGGGUGGCGCCGGUGGAGGCGGGGAGGCGCUGCGGGUGGUGGCGCGCGUGAGGGGCCUGUCCCGGCGCGAGGCCGCCCUGGGGGCGGAGAGGGCCGUCUUCCUGGACCGGGAGCAGGGGCAGGUGCUGCUCAGGGCGCCCCCCGCCGAGGGGACCAAUUCCUCUUCCACUUCCGCUUCCCUGAAGAGCUUCUCCCUGGACGGUGUCUUUGGGGGCGGCGCAGGCGAGGAGGGGGCGCUCUUCCAGUCGGUGGCAGCGCCCGUGGUGGAGGCGGCACUCUGCGGGGUCAACGGGACGUUGCUCUGCUACGGCCAGAGCGGCUCCGGCAAGACCUUCACGCUCUUCGGACCCGGCGGCGACGGCGGCGAGGAAGCGGGAGAGGCGGAGAUCGUGGCGGAGGGUGAUGAUGAUGACGCGGAGGAGGACCACCACCACGGCAAGGAGAGUGUCUCUGCCGACGCCGCUACGCCGUGCCGUGGCUUGCUCCCGCUCGCCGCCGAGCUCCUCUUCGCCCGCAUCGCCGGGGCGGCCCCCGAGCAGCGCUUCCUGGUGCGCGCCUCCUUCCUGGAGGUCUACCUGGAGGAGGUGCGCGACCUGCUCUCCCCCUCGGCUUCCACGGCUUCCCCGCAGCGGCUGGAGCUGAAGGAGAGCCCCGAGCGCGGCGUGUACCUCAAGGACCUCUCCGCCUUCGUGACGAAAGACGCCGCCGAGCUGCGGCAUGUCCUGCGCCUGGGGCAGCGCUGCCGGGCCCGCGGGGUCACCGCGCUCAACCCCCGCAGCUCCCGCUCGCACGCCGUGCUGCUCCUGACGGUGGAGUGCAGCCAGGAUGGGGAGGCCGAGCCCGUGCGGGUAGGCAAGCUGCACCUCGUGGACCUGGCCGGCGGGGAGAGGCAGGGUCGCGGCGGCGGCGGCGGCAACAACGUCGGCGGCGGAAGGGAAGCCGCGCGCAUCAACCUGUCGCUGUCCGCGCUGGGACACGUCAUCUGGGCGCUGGCGGAGGGGCGGUGCCGCACGCACGUGCCCUACCGGGACUCGAAGCUGACGCGCCUGCUGCAGGACUCGUUGGGGGGCUCCGCACGCACGGCGCUGCUGGCCACGCUCAGCCCGGCCUCGCUCUGCCUGGAGGAGAGCCUCUCCACCCUGCGCUUUGCCGGGAGGGCCAAGCGCGUGCGCAACCGGCCCCGCGUCAACGAGGACCCCAAGGAUGCCCUCCUGCGCGAGUUCCGGGCCGAGGUGGCCCGCCUCAAGGCCCAGCUCCAGAAGAGGGGCAUGCUGGGAGGAGGCGGGCUCAAGCACCGGCACAAGAAGAAGGGCUCCCACGUGGAAGGCGAGGAGGAGGAGGAAGACGACACCGAGGACGACAACGAUGACAACAACAACAACCGGCACGGGGACAGGUCUACUACUCGGCAGCAGCGGCAAGAAGAGGAAGGGCGGCUCCUGGAGAAGAAGGUGGAGGGCUACCUCAAGGACCAGAAGGAGCGCCUGGAGCAGGAGAAGGCCGCCAUCCAGGACGACCGCAGCCUGGUCAGCGAGGAGAAGGCCCGGCUCCUGGAGGAGAAGGAGAGCAUGCUGGGCGAGCUGCGCAAGGAGCGACAGGCCACCGAGCACCUGGCCGCCAGGUACAAGGCCAUGGAGAGCAAGCUGCUGAUCGGAGGGAGGAACAUCAUGGACCACACAAACGAGCAGCAGAAGAUGCUGGAGCUCAAGCGCCAAGAGAUUGCCGAACAGAAGCGCCGCGAGCGCGAGAUCCAGCAGCAGAUGCUCCUGCGCAACGAGGAGACCACAGAGCUGCGGGAGACCUUCACCUCCUUGCAGCAGGAAGUGGAGAUCAAGACCAAGAAGCUGAAGAAGCUCUACGCCAAGCUCCAGGCGGUGAAGGCCGAGAUCCAGGACCAGCACGACGAAUACAUCCGCGUCCGGCAAGACCUGGAGGAGGCCCAGAACGAGCAGACCAGGGAGCUCAAGCUCAAGUACCUGAUCAUUGAGAACUUCAUUCCUCCGGAGGAGAAGAACAAGAUCAUGAACCGGCUCUACUUCGACUGCGAGGAGGACCAGUGGAAGUUCCAGCCUUUGGUGCUGAGCGCGGCUGGCCCGAGACCCACGAAGGCUCAGAUCAAGUUAAAAACAAGCAACAGCAGCGUCAACGGUGCCCUCAGCAGCAACGCGGGGGCCACGCAGAUGAAGCGCCGCCCGGCCUCCGCCGUGGGCUACAAGCGGCCCAUCAGCCAGUACGCCCGGCUGGCCAUGUCCAUGGGCUCCCACCCACGCUACCGGGCCGAGAACAUCAUGUUCCUGGAGCUGGACGUCUCCCCGCCGACCAUCUUUGAGUUCGAGGUCACGCGCGACCCUGCAGAGCAGGACCCCCGGGCGCUGCACCUGGAGCGCCUCACCCGCCUGGACAGCCUCCUGGAGCCGCCGGCCGCCUCCCGCGUCCGGAAGUCCCGCUCCUGGGUCCAGGCUCCUCGCUCCCUGCCCUCGUCAACCAGCCACGUCUCGCUGACCUCCGGCUCACAGACCCCUCCCACGGUGGUGGCAGCAGCAGCAGCAGUAGUGGCUCAUCAGUAGUGUCUGUCCCCCCACCC